UUUACGUGUAUUGGAUGGAAUAGCAAAUACUUCUUUAAGCCAAGAUAGCAUUCUUCUUAGGAAAUUUUAAUAAAGUGUUGGAAAUAUGGUAAUAAAAUGACUAUGAUGAUGAUUACUAUUACUUUUUGGUUUCAAGAGCAUUAAUCGCAGCUAGAGAAUUGAAACCCAAAACUAUACGAUUAACAAAGAAACCAUCAUCCAAACUGUUGGAGAUCACAGAUAUUGUCAGCAGAUUCAUGGGUCCUUUAAUAGAAUAACCGAAAUCAGAUACUACCGUAGAUGAAGAUAGAAAACAAAUUGAAGAAGUAUUGAAAAAACUUAAAGACAUCAUUCCUCAAUAAAAUUAGAAAAUGAUUUAAAUCAUAUGUGCAUAUAUGUCUGUGAAUUCUUGUGAAGCACAAUAUGCACUACAAUUGGAUAUGGCAAAAGAUGCAUUUUAAUAGGAAUUGCUAUUUCUCUAAUUUAUGAUAUAUCUAAGAGGAAGAAGAUUUGAUUUGGCAGAAUCCACUUUACUAGAUCUGAGAAGAUUUGAUGAUGAAGACAUCCUGACAUAUCUUGCUUAAAUAUAUCUAAAUGUAUGUAGUGUGAUAUAUCUCUCUAGUUAUACAAUGGAUAACCAGAGUAGGCAUAUAAAUCAAUAUAAGAGACCAAGGAUAGAUUUGGAGAUUCUUCAAAAUUGAUGAAUUUGAUGAUCACCUGUCUGAUUCAGUAUGAUAUUCUUAAAUAAGCAUUUUAGUCAAAACAAAUUUGAAGAGGCUUUUGAAUUAGGGUAGAAAGUGAAAACUCUCAUAAUUGACAACGAGCAAUUUUCAGAUCGACAAGAAAUAGAAGUCUGUCUAUCGAAUCUAAUUAUUCUAUGUGAAUUGUUGAAUAAAUAAUAAUAAAAGGAAGAAUACAUUCAAGUUUUGGAAUAAAUAAAUAAAUCUUGUCAUUUCUUGAAGAGAUAUCAGGAGAAAGUGAAGAAGAUUGAAUAAUUAUCAUGAUAUUUUAUAAUCUAUAUGUUUAAAUAAACAAUACGAUAA